AUGGCGCGUAACAGCGAAAAAGCCCAAUCGAUGCUCUUCCGUUUCCGGGCCCAACAAGCCGCGGACCUCGGAAUCAUCGACAUCGGGCGCACGCGCCGCCCGAAAGCCAUCACGACCGUUGACUCGAUCCCGAUGUGCGAGAAAUGGCGCGGCCAAGUGCUGAAGGAAAUCUCACGCAAAGUUUCUCGGAUCCAGGAGCUCAGUCUAAGCGAUUACCAGAUCCGCGAUCUGAACGAUGAGAUCAACAAGCUUAUGAAGGAGAAGUGGACGUGGGAGAUGCAGAUCCGGAACCUGGGCGGACCGAACUACAUGCGAGGUUCCGGACGGGUGUUUGAUGAUGAUGGGAGGGAGAUACCGGGUGGUGGGAAGGGGUAUCGGUAUUUUGGACGAGCGAGAGAGUUGCCCGGUGUGAAGGAGAUGUUUGAGGCGGCGGCGAGACGCGGGAGGAGGCCGGCUGAAGAGGAGGAUGAAGAAGGUGGUAAGGGGAGAGGUGGUGAGAUUGCGACGAAGAAGGUCGAUGCUAAUUACUUUGGGUAUGGGUUGGAUGAGGAGGAUGGGACGCUUUUGGCGUAUGAGAGGCAGAAGGAGAAGGAGGCUGUUGAGAGAUUGCGCAGGAAGGAUGAAGAUGUUGAGGAUGGGUGGGAGCCGUUGCCUGGUGAUGCUGGCGAUGGGGUGGAGUGGAGGUUGCCUACACUUGAUGAGGUUCAGGAGGAGUUGGUUGAUCGACGGAGGAGGAGGUUGUUGGAUAAGAUCUCAUGA